AUGCAGGUAGAAGAACCUUCACAGGUAGCAGAGCCCGCACCACAAACUGUGGCUGCGCCGGAACAGCAGAAGAACCUGUACGAACUGCUGUUCCCCACCUUGGCUAAUCUCGCGGCGAAGGGCGACUUUCAGGAGCUCAUCAGAGUCGCGGAGCACUGGGACGUAUCUGCCGAGAACAAUAGUUCGUACUCGCGCCUGUUCCUGACAGCACCACUUGUUCUGUCCUACCUCAUCGUAGACGAGCUAUCGGCCGCACGCUAUGCUCUUACAAGACUUCCGGACAAUCUAGCCUCUCUCCCGAUUACCCGGGGGCUAUUCCAUCUGCUUUCUGCGACUUGGGAUCGGAAAUACCAAAGUGUAUAUUCCCGUGCAGAGGACGUUUUCAAUCUCUGCCAUCAACCCGGCUUCCCGGAUGAUGCCCUCGCAUCCAUGGUCACCGGAAUGGUCACCACCUUUGUCGACGUGUUCCGGAAGAAAACGUUUGUGCUGCUGUCAAAGGCGUACACCUCAAUUCCGCUGUCUCUCUCUCAGACCUAUCUCGGACUUUCGUCGGAACAGGUCAUCAACGCUGCUGGCGCCCAUGGGUGGACAUACGAUGCGUCUACUAGAGUGUUUACUCCAACUUCGGCGACCGCCGGUACCUCGCGUCUGAACGGCGCGUCUGCAGCACAAUCCACGCUGUAUACCUUCGGCGUGGUGGCUGAUAGCAUUGUACGGCUGGAGAUGUAG